AACCGGAAGCCCGUGGUGACCCCUGGCGACCCGGUUUGUUUUCAGCCGGCUUCCAAACACCGGGGAAGCGAAACCCGGUGGCCUUGGGGACCGCCCUACGUAGCCAGGGUUCAGGCUGCCAUGGACACACUGGUGGAAGAUGACAUCUGCAUUCUGAACCAUGAGAAGGCCCACAGAAGAGAGGCAGUGACCCCACUCUCAGCGUAUCCUGGAGAUGAGUCUGUUGCUUCCCAUUUUGCCCUGGUCACUGCUUACGAAGACAUCAAGAAGAGACUUAAGGAUUCAGAGAAAGAAAACUCCUUCUUAAAGAAAAGAAUAAGGGCUUUGGAAGAAAAGCUUGUUGGAGCUCGAGUAGAAGAAGAAACAAGUUCUGUGGGCCGAGAACAAGUGAACAAGGCCUACCACGCUUACCGGGAGGUUUGCAUCGACAGAGACAACCUGAAGAACAGACUGGAGAAGAUAAGUAAAGACAACUCGGAGUCCUUGAGAGCGCUGACCGAGCAGCUGCAGUGUAAAGAAGUAGAGCUCCUGCAGCUCAGAACCGAGGUGGAGACGCAGCAGGUGAUGAGGAAUUUAAAUCCACCCUCAUCCAACUGGGAGGUGGAAAAGCUAAGCUGUGACUUGAAGAUCCAUGGUUUGGAACAAGAGCUGGAACUACUGAGGAAAGAAUGUAGUGACCUCAGAACAGAGCUACAGAAAGCCAGACAGACGGGUCCAUCUCAGGAAGACAUUCUGCAGGACAGAGAUGCCAUCAGGCCGAGCUUGCCGAGGGAAGAGCACGUUCCACACCAGGGCCCUCACCACAGUGACCACAUGCAGCACGCGUACUGGGAGCUGAGGAGGGAGAUGGCUAACCUACACCUGGUGACUCAAGUGCAAGCCGAGCUGCUCAGACAGCUGAGAACGGCAGCUGCAGGCAAAGCCUGUACCCAAGUGGGAUGUGUUGAAGACCUUGGGAGAGACAGCGCAAAAUUGCACUUGGCAAAUUGUACUGCAGCUUACAAAAGACAUCCCCCUUUGUCACCACAUGGCAAAGCUACGUGUUAUGCUCCACCCUCCACUUUACCAGGAGAUAGGAAGGCUUUCUCAGACAAAGCAGUUCUUCAGUCAUGGACAGACAACGAGAGACUGAUUCCUAAUGACGGUGCAGACUUUCAGGAGCACAACUCCUAUGGGAGAAAUUCUCUGGAAGAUAAUUCCUGGGUAUUCCCAAGCCCUCCUAAAUCAAGUGAAACAGCAUUUGGUGAAAAUAAAAGCAAAAUCUUACCUUCGCCCAACCUGCCACCCCUGCAUUACCUGGAUCAGCACAAUCAGAACUGCCUGUACAAAAGUUAAUUUGACUUGGGCUUUGAUCAGGACACUAACUCACUGGUUCUCUCAGACCGACAGUGGACUCUGACUGACGUCCUGUGGAGCUCUCCAGUGUGUACAUCUGUACAGUCUGCAGCAUUAUGUAUGUAGUUGAUUUUCCAGUAUGGGAACAGAACCUCCGGUUGGACCUUUGCUAACAAUUACAAAUUUUUGCUUCUUGGACUACGAAUGGAAAUGAAAAUUUUAGACAUGGUUUCAUAAACUAUGACCUGCCUAAAUAUCCAGUCAUUAAAUAAAAAGCAGCCUUUAAUAUAAGAGAAAAACCAUGUCUGCUGGUUCAGAUUGUAUCAAGAAGCAAUUGAGAGUUGUGCUUCUGUAACUUCCUGAUGCAUAAAGAUUUGAAAUAUGGAAUAAAAGUAGGUUAUGACACCCCUGUGCUAUUGUUUCAAGUUUUAAGAUUUAAAGUCAUUUUUAAGUAAAAUGUUUGUAUAUAUAAAUUUAAAGUGCAAUUUGAAUUUUAAGACUUGAACUAAAGACUAUUGAAGCCAACUUUUUCCCAGUAUAUUCAAAUUCCAAAUAGUUAAAAAUGAUGUGGUAUGUGAGUAAACUAUUAGAGCUUUAUACAAUGCCCAGUUACAAAGUAGAAAGAGCCUCUCACAGCAGGACAGUCUCCUCAGUGCUUCAUGGCGAACUCGCCGUGUGGCUGUCAUCAGCAGGAUGGUUGUUUGUUUUCCACAGAGCAGCCUACACGCUGGUAGACUAUGACAUUUGAGAAAGUAAAUGCUAAUUAGCUGCAUCUAGAACUAAAUUUUGUGCUGUACAAUUAUGAAAUAUCCCCAGACUAAGUGGCCAAUCACUUGUAAAUAAGUAAAGAAAGAAGAUGGCUUUAUGUGGAAAUUCAUCUAAAUCCCUUCAAGGUCAAAGCAUUAAGAGUAUUAGUGAUCAUGCACUACCUAUUUGAUGUGAGAGGACUUUGUCCUUGGCAUCUCACGUAUGCUGAAUUCCGAGGAUCUCCAACCUCUCAUCACUGAAUACCAUGCAUAGCCGGCACUGCUCACUGUUGAGUCAUCUCACUCACGCCUGCCCGUGAUUAAUGGGAUUGAUGUCAGAUGCUGGAAUGUGUUCUGACCAAUGAGCACGGCUGACUCAAGGGAGUACAGGCUCCUGCCAAGUAAUACAACAAGGCCCAAUAUGCAUAAAACAAAUGCAGGACUCCGGGCUCCCGCAGAAGGAGCUAACUGUCUGUGUAAUAAGAAAGCAGACACAUUUCUCCUGUGGCUGCAGAGGCUGUCCAUCCUCUCAUGUCUAAUGCAGCUUACUUACUCGUUUGCCUUUUUUAAAACCAAGAUGAGAAGUUUUCUUUUGUAAAGAGAGUCUUAUGUUUUUGAACAAUGCCAAGAAAUUGUUUUAAUUAAAAUUAUUUUUGUUUUUAAAAUGGAAUUCGAUGUGAAAUACUGUCCUUGCCUAUGUAUAUUUCCAAAAUCUGGUAUUAAUUUUAUUUCUCCAACGUUUCUGACUGGAGCAAAUUCCCUCUAAUCAGUAGUUAGUUAUCAAAAAGGAUUGCUAAAACAGUCUGAUUGGUUGGUGUUAACAGUUGAAAGUGUCAUGGCCUGUAUAAGACUCCUUAGCUAGAAAAGAUAAACCCUAAAAUAUUUUUACCUGGUCAGAAAAUGUUUAAAUAUAUACUUAGUCAAUGGUA